CGAUUUUUAAGGAAGAAGAGACAACCAUGGGUAAACUCAAAACUACGUUCGCCCUAGCUAAACACUCCCAAGCGCAGUAAUCGAGACGGCCGCAUCUCGUCCAAUCUCUGACGUCGACGGUGUGAGAGGCCGUCGGCGUCGCCUCCUCCGCCCCCUCUUCUCAACGUCGUCAAGCUCCUCUGUUUUUGGUUCCGUCUACAGUUUCUCUUCGGGUCUUGUUGGUGUUAACUCGUCGACGAGAGAGAUCCGUCGAAGAAGCCUCUGUUGCAGAGCUUGUUCUUCCGCUGAUCACUUGCCGACUUCGCCACUGUCUACCUUCCUUCAGCCUUUCACUCUGCAACUCGUUGAAACCGGAUCUGUCCAUGGAUAGUCCCGUUUCUUCUCGACCGUUUAUGUCACGGACGCCUUGCUUCAACCUCCAAAGAUUGUCUCCCGACACGUUCAGCCUCUCGAGGUGUCUGUCCUCAUCGAUAGAGUUCUCAAUCCGUUCACCGUCCACUGUCUCUCGCCGCCAAGCUUCCCCUGUCCGACUUGGAAACUCCGGAUCUGAACCUCGUCCCGUCGGGGAUCUGUUCCGCUCCUCCUCCGACCCUUACACAUCCACUUUACCACAACCUCUCACGCCUCAUCUCCUAGUAGUCGCCGUGGUUGAAGUUAUGAAGCUUACCAUAAUCUGGAGACGCCGUUCACAUAGCGGUUUUAACACCACGGUAUUGACUCUCCCUUUGCGCCUACCUCCCCUACCUCGUCUCUCACCCUCCGCCUCUCCUCCAUUCCCUCUCGUGUUAGUCACUACUCGCCGCGUUUCUUUGGAUCUCAGUCUGCGUCCCCUUAUGGAUAAUGGUCAAGAGCAUCAUUUCAUCUCGGCAUCGCCUCUACUAUACACCCAACAUCAAGGCAGCCCCAUCUCACCAAGGUUUCUAUGGAGCUAAGCUACUUCGGUUAAAUCUCUGUCUCCUAGUGACCGCCGGAUCUAUUGUGCAAGAGUGUUGUUUCGCCAGAUUUGUUUACGUCUUUCUCACCGUUGCGUUUCUAUCACACUAUGCCGUCUCAAGCAUCGACGGUUCUUCACAAAGUCGGAUUUGUGGCCUUCCCGAUCUCCUCGUCGCUGGAACUAUUGUGCAAGAGUGUGGACUCGCCAGAUUUACUAACUACAUCACUGCUGCGCCUCCAUCACAUUACGCCGUCUCAAGCAUCGACGGUUCUUCACAGAGUCAACUAUGCGAUCUUCAAACCGGAGUUGUUGCACGUAGACCCAUCGCCAUAUCAAGUCAGAUAGGACUUCAAACUUUCAAUGGUUCCUACGGUUCUAGAGCUUCUCACCUAAAGUUCUUGCCAAUCAACAUUCCAACUUCUUCCUAUAGGUGUAUCAACGUCGUUUUCGACUACCAAUUGUUCUUUCGAACAAUAGCCAUGGGAUCAAAAGUGAAGCUUCCUUUUGGGUUUCUUCAUUUCGCUGAGCAUGACUCGCCCUUCGAUGGUUCUAUCUUUAGUUGUUUUGUAUUGU